AUGCAAGCCGCGGCAUUGCGAUCGCCGGUGCCUUCGCGAAGCCUCCUGCGAUUCCUGCGCUGCCAGACCGACGCCAUCCCCUUUACCGAGCUCGAAUCGUCGAUAUUUAGUCUCGAACCUCUGCAGAUUGGCAAGGUGCUUAGAAGGGCCUGCGCGCGAACCUUGAAGAGGAAGUCUUUCUGCACGUCGGCCCCGGCAUACCAAAAAGCGGUUGGUGAGGAGGGGGAUUCAUCUCCCUCUUGGCAAGAAAAGUUAUGGGGUAUCGGGGCGCGGAAAGGAGCCAAGACGCUCAAACCAGACGAUUUGCCUUCUCGCGACGACGCGGAUCACGGCUCAUCCAUGUUCAACAGCCGGCGGAUCCUAUCCGCCAAGGCAGCGCUGGAGCCACGACUACGAUGCACAGAGGUUGAUGAGAAUGGCAAGGUGAUCUUGAUGGAUGGCGAGUUCAAGAAGACAGAACUGAUCGCAAAGUACGGCUUACUGCCCCGAGAUCUUCGCAAGAUCGACUCGUCCAAUCUUCCGCACAUACUCGUUCGCCCUCAGGCUAUACUCCUCAACCUGCUGCAUCUCCGAGUCCUGAUCAAGCGUGACCGAGUGCUCCUGUUCGAUGUUUACGGCUCCAAGACGUCUUACCCGCAGUCUGCUUUUAUGUACGAUCUGCAGGGGAAGCUCCAGCAGAAGCCCCCUCCUGGGGUGGUGGGGCUGCCCUACGAGUUUCGUGCUCUCGAGGCCGUUCUGACUUCGGUCACGUCGGAGCUGGAGGCGGAUUUCGAGUCGGUGCGAGAGCCCGUCAUGCGCGUCCUCAGUGAGUUGGAGGACGACAUUGACCGGCAGAAGCUGCGCCAGCUCUUGAUUCUUUCGAAGCGAGUCAGCACGUUUGAGCAAAAGGCCAAGCUGGUGCGGGACGCCAUCGAGGAGCUGCUGGAAGCGGACGAUGACCUGGCGGCCAUGUAUCUGACGGAAAAGGUGCACGACUUGUACAGGAGCACCGAUGACCACACGGAAGUUGAGAUGCUGCUGGAGUCGUACCAUAAACUCGCAGAUGAAAUCGUGCAGGAAGCCAGCAACUUGGUUUCUGGCAUCCGGAACACGGAGGACCUUGUACGAGCAAUUCUCGAUGCCAAUCGCAACGCCCUCAUGCUUCUGGAACUCAAGUUUAGCAUUGGCACGCUGGGUCUGGCAAUGGGCACAUUUAUUGCUGGACUCUACGGAGCCAACCUGGAGAACUUCAUCGAGGAAACGAACUGGGGCUUCGCGGCGGUCACGGCCGUGUCGACCAUCUUUUCUCUCGUUGUCUGCUGGUAUGGGCUGGCCAGGCUGCGGAGGAUCCAGCGCAUCAAGAUGGCGGGCGAUGAGCGGCCCCGGCUAUCUCGCGGGCAACCCUACUACGAGGACGGCGCUGCCCUGGGCAUCCUUGACUCGAGAAACAGGGAGCUUCUGCUACGGGCGCACAUGCAAAGGACACUCAACAACAAGAAGAAAUGGUGGUUCUCGCGAUGA